AUGGUAAUCGAAUAUGACUAUCCUGGAUAUGGGCUUAGUCAUGGUGUUACUAAUUAAGGAAGUAUAUUCAAUGCUAUUGAAUGUGUUUAUUAUUUUGUAUUGUCUCUUGGAUUUUAGAACUCUUAAAUUAUAUUAUAGAGCCAAUCAUUAGGAACCAGUCCUUUAAUAUAUCUGGGUUUUUGA